GAAAUAAUUAUUAAUUUAAAUAUGUCAGUCCUCCCUCCAAUUGUAGAUGCUGGAUAUCAAAAAUCUGCUCCUUCAGAUAAGAGAUCAAACGAACCUGAGGAUGAGGAUAAAAAGACCUUCCAAGAGAGAGGGGAUAAAUCUGAAAUAUACUCAAGCAAAGGAGAAGACAUCGAUGAGGAAUCCAAGUUGUACCAACAGGAAUUAGAUAAUGACAUGCCAAAACCAAUUUAUUCAAAGUCUAAGCGGAAAAGAGGGAACAAAGUUGCUCCGAAAGUUAUUUCUAGUGUACCUGAUUUGAAAAAUAGCUCAUCUAUAAGAAAGAGAAAGGAAACUGAGUUGGAUGAAGAGAAUACACGCAUUUUUGAGCUGCAUGAGGAUAAUGAAGGGUAUCCUUCGAAUUAUAUAAAGACAACGAAGUAUAAUAUAUUUACUUUUGUGCCAGUUUCACUACUAGUACAGUUCUUCAGGAUUGCAAAUAUAUACUUCUUGAUAAUCUGAAUUUUAACCUUGAUUCCAACAAUUUCUACUCUGACACCCCUGACAGCGAUCCUUCCACUAGUAUUUGUGCUACUGGUCUCCAUGAUCAGAGAAGGAAUAGAAGAUUACUAUAGGUAUAAAUCUGAUAAGAAGAGUAAUGGGAAGAAAGUUCUUGUUCUUAAUGAACAUAACAAGUUUGAAAACCUAUCAUCCAGAGAUCUCAAAGUUGGAGAUAUUGUUCUAAUCCACAGUGAAGAUACAUUUCCUGCUGACAUAGUCAUGCUUAAGUCAUCAAACGGGCCUAAUGCUUUCAUCCAAACUAGUAGUCUUGAUGGGGAGAAGAAUCUAAAGAAGCGUUACGUACCCAAAGGACUAGAUGAGUUCACAAAGCCCGUUGAUGAGCAAGCUUACUUUCUUGGAGGAACUUGCACAACUUUGAUGCCUGAUAAAGAUUUACAUGAUUUCACCGGGAAGCUUGAGGUCAAUAAUGUCACAUACUCUCUUUCAAUCGAGCAACUUAUGCUUAAAGAUUCAAAACUUAAAAAUACUAAUUGGAUUAUUGGCACCGUUGCCUUCACAGGGAGAGAUACAAAGGUUAUGCUGAACAGCACAAAAUCUCGAAUAAAAAUAAGCAGUCUUGAAAAGCAGCUCAACAACGUCAUUGUGUUUCUAUUCUUCCUUCAAAUUCUAAUAUGAGCCCUUUUAAGUAUGAUAAUGACUAUCUAUGAUGAUGUGAAGGAUGAUAAUCAGGACUAUUAUUUAGGAAAUGGGCACUCAAACGAAGACCCAUUUCUUAAUUUCUUUAGUUUCUUCCUGCUAAUGAGUACAUUGAUCCCAAUAUCACUGAUCGUGACUCUUGAAGUAUUAAAAGUAGUCCAGUGCUACUUCAUCACACAGGAUGCUCAGAUGUUUGAUGUUGAGGCUGGAGCUGGCACCAAGGUCAGCUCUACUACCAUCAAUGAAGAAUUAGGGCAAGUCACAUAUAUAUUUUCUGAUAAAACUGGUACACUCACUCAAAACAUUAUGGAAUUUCGAUCUCUCCUAUGAGGUAAGGAAACUUAUGGCCAAAUUGGCAAACCAGGAGCUACAAGAAAGCUAUCUAAUGUUGAAAAAAAAUAAGGAAUUAGAGACUAACUUCAAAUCAAGGAAGCUUAACAGAGUAUUAAGUGAACCUAAAGAGGAGAGUAAAGAUCCUCUAGUAAUUUAUUCAACAAAUGGUAACACAAAGAUGGAACUCUGAUCAGAAACUGAAAAGGUUCAGGAGCUGAUCAAACUCUUAUCAGUCUGACAUGACUGUGAAGCUGAAGAGGCUGUUGUCGAUGACAAAAAUAUCAAGUUUUACCAAGGGGCCUCUCCUGAUGAAAUUACCCUAGUUGAUUUUGCCAGAGACCAUGGAUUUGAAUUUGAUGAAGCUAAUGAUAAAGCUAUUUAUACAAGUAUAAAUCCUGAGUCUGGGCUUACUGAUGCUCCGGUGAAAAAAGAGUACAAGAUUCAUAAGAAGAUUCCCUUUACGAGUGACAGAGCGAGGAUGAGUGUGCUCAUCACUGACCCAGAUGAUGGACAAUAUAAGCUCUACAUCAAAGGUGCAGAUUCUAAAAUAAAGGCUCUACUAGAUCCCAAGCAGAAAGAUCCAGAUGCCAUGCAGAAGUUGGAACAAUUCUUAAACAAAGCUUCUUCACAAGGUCUCAGGACCCUUCUGAUGGCUUGAAGAGUGCUUGACCCUGAAGAAUUCGACAAGAUCCAGAGCGACCUCAGAGAAGCCGAAGCUGAUGUGGUAAACGCAAAGGAAAGAGUAGCAGAGAUCUCAGAGGAAUAUGAAAAAGGAGUAGUCCUCCUAGGAGCCACUUGUGUUGAGGAUAAGCUUCAAGAAAAUGUCUGAGAGACCUUGGAAGAUUUUAGAAGAGCAAAUAUUAAAGUAUGGAUGCUUACAGGAGAUAAGUUGGAAACAGCUAAGAAUAUCGGGUUUUCAUGAAAAUUGUUAACCAAAGAGAUGUUCAUAUUUCAAGCUCAAGGAGCAGAAGAAGCAAAAGAAGUUUUCACCGAGCAAAGAGUUAAGGAUAAUCAAGAUUUAAUGAAACAAGGGAAACCAAGAGCUAUAGUCUUUGAUAGUGGGGCUCUUGGACAUUUAUUUGCUAAUCCUCAAUCAUUGCAAUAUUUUAUUUCUAUAGCUAAAUCUUGUAAUGCCGUGGUGCUUAGUCGUGCUAGUCCAGCUCAGAAGGCUGAUAUUGUAACUUUAAUAUCAAAAGACGACCCUAAUAACAUUACACUAUCAAUUGGAGACGGAGCGAAUGAUGUCCCAAUGAUCUCCGUAGCAGAUGUUGGAAUAGGAAUUUUCGGAAAGGAAGGAGUGAAUGCUGCUCAAGCAGCUGAUUUCGCUAUUCACCAAUUUAAAUACAUCUGGGACCUUGUUCUAUAUCACGGAAGGUUUAAUUAUAUCAGGAAUUCUGAGCUCAUCCUAUACUUCUUCUACAAAAAUGUUAUAUUUACGAUUCCACAGGUUUAUUUUGCAUUCAUAUCUGAUUUUUCAGCUCAAACUAUUUUUGACGAUUGGUACAUCUCAUUCUACAACUUGUUCUUUACUUCUAUGCCUAUCAUGCUCAGAUCUAUUUUUGAGACUGAUAUAGACUGGCAGGUCUGGAAUCGGAACCAUAAACAAGACGCUGAGGAUCAUAGAGUCACUAAAAGAGAGAUUAUAAGAAACCUUACUCCCCGGCUAUAUUACAUAGGCAACAGGAAGACAAUCUUUACGUAUAAAAAUUAUGCUAUAUGGCUUUGAAUCUCUAUCACACACAGCAUUAUUGCUUUCUUUGGGACAUUAUUUUGCUACCAAAAUGCUAUCUUCAAUGAGAGUGGGAAGACACCUGAUCUAUGGUCCUAUAGCGUCUGAAUGUUCUUCUCAGUCAUACUAGGAGUCUCCAUCAGAUUAAUGAUAACACAGAGGUUGCAUAAUGUGUUCAAUAUCUUAAGUAUUUCGUUACUAAGCAUAAUGCUGUACUAUACUUACAGUUGGGUGUCGAACCUUACAAGCUUCAGUAAGACAUAUUUAACGAGUGAGCAGCUACAUACUUCGCCUCUGUUCUAUUUGACAAUCUUCCUGUGAGCCGGGCUGAUCUGAAUACUGGACCUCUUCCAACAGAGCAUUCUUGUCAAUCUAGUUGGGAGCCCUUCUGAAUACAUGAGAAAAGUUGCCAAUAAUCACAAGGAUUUCUCUGAAGGUUGGGAACUAGAGUUCAAUCGCCUUAUGAGAAUUAAGGAACAGAAAUACACUCUUCAGGAUAUUAAGCAUGAAAAUAUUAUUGCAAAGAAAAGAGCUCAAAGAAUGGCUGAUCUCCAACACAAACUAGCCAACAGAAAGAAGUAGCUGUUGGUAUUAACUCCAAAGAGUCAAUUAAUGCUAGCCAUUAUAGGAUUAAUUCAGAGGGGAGUAACUAAAUUAUUUCAUAUUUU